AUGGCUUUCUCGGCGACGGUGAUGCGCCGCAUCACACGGCGACAUCCUAACGUGCGAGUUCCAGCAAGGAGAUUCCAGCCAUGCUUCUCCUGUUAUCUGACCCUGAGGCAAGUUCAUGCGUCAGCCGCUCAGCUUCCUCACGGCUCCCAGGUCAAGGAUAUCCGAAACAUUGGCAUCAUCGCGCAUGUCGACGCUGGCAAGACUACAACCACCGAGCGUAUGCUCUACUGCAGCGGCUUCUCGACUCGCCAAGGAACGAGAAAAGGCAUCACCAUCCAGUCCGCGGCGGUCACCUUUCACUGGCCUCCCGCGGCAAAGUGCGCCCCGGGCACUCAUCCAAAGACCAUCAACCUCAUCGAUACCCCGGGCCACCAAGAUUUCAGAUUCGAGGUCGACCGCUGCCUGCCCGUGCUGGACGGCGCCGUCUGCAUCAUUGACGGCGUCGAGGGCGUCGAGGCCCAUACGGAGCGCGUAUGGGGCUCGGCGCAGGAAUACAACAUCCCCGCAUCCGCUGACCGUCAAGCCCUUCUCCCCGAGAUGAGCCCGGACCUGGCCAAGGAGCUCGACCUCGCCCGAGAAAACAUGAUUGCGGUUUUGGCCGACCACGACGAAGUCAUCAUGGACCUCUUUCUUGAGGCGCCGGAUACCAUCACGAACGAGCACAUCAAGUCGGCUCUGCGAAGGACCAUUGGUCGUGGCGACGGCUCCGUGGUUCCCGUCUUUGCCGGCGCCUCCCUGAGGAGUAUCGGCGUCGAACCGCUUCUCGAUGCCAUUGUUGACUAUCUACCAAGCCCCGAUGAGCGUCCAGAAGUCGUCGUCCGGAGCGGAUCUGAAAGUAUGCCGUUGUCCCGAUUCCUCGAGAAGACGGUCGAGCGAGGUCACCAGCGGCUAGCGGCCGUGGCAUCAGUCUUCAAGGUCUUCAAUCACCCCAAAGAGGGGUUGCUGAGCUUCGUGCGCAUCUACGCCGGGCAUCUCCCCAAGAACGCCGCGCCUUGGAACACCCACGCCCUCCAGGUCGAAAGGCCGAUGGGCCUAGUGCAGAUCGACGCCGCCAAAACCCACAUCGUGGACCAGCUCGGCAUGGGUCAAAUUGGCGCGUUGCGGGGCCUCAAGUUUGCGCGAACUGGCGACACCCUCAUCACGACCGUAGGCCACAAGCCCGUGCCAGACGCCGCCAAGGCAGUCCAGAUACGCCCACCCGAGAUCCCGCCACCCGUCGCCUUCUUGGCCAUUGACCCGUUUGGCCUCGUCGCGGCCAACCAGCUGCAAACGGCGCUGCAAAACACCUCGAGGGAGGACCCUAGCUUGCGGUGGAGCCGGGACGAGAAAACCGACCAGUUCAUUAUCCAGGGCAUGGGAAAACUUCACUUGGACGUCGUUGUCCACGGCCUGAAGAAAAAGUACAAGAUUGACGCCGCCUUUGGUGAGAUCGAGGUUGAUUACAAGGAACACCUCUCGUCCCCGACCAGCUGGCAUGAGGCCGUCUUCGACCGCGUCCUUGUCAACAAGUCAGGCACCGUUGUCUGUUCCGCCAUGCUCGAGCCCAUCGAAAAGCAUCACCGCGACACCCUGCUCGAGUCCACCGUCGAGAAAGACGGCAACAUCUUCCACAUCCAAAUCCCUCUGCCCGAGAGCGGAGAACUUCCCUUCAACACAGAAGAGGCACGUCAGCAGAUGCUCAACGGUGCCAUCGCGGCGCUCGCUCGGGGCCCCGGAGGGACGCCCUCGGGCGGCCACUUUAGCGGUGCAGCGCGGCGUGCCGUCCAGGAUGCUCUCAAGGAAGGAUUCGCGCGGGGUCAAGUCGGGGUCAUGGAACCCAUCAUGAAGGUCAUCAUCACGUGCCCCGAGUCGGCGGCGGGAGUGGUCCAGCACGACAUCAGCGCGGCAGCGGGCGGGCACGUCCAGGAAGUCAAGGGCCUCUCCGGGGAGGUGACGGUGGAAGGGACCGUGGACACAUCCAAGAUCUACGCGCCACCGGACCCGUACGACGCGGUGACGACGCAGAGAAAGAAAUCGACGACGAGGAGGGUACAGAUCACGGCCAAGGUGCCGUUCAAGGAGAUGAUUGACUACGAUAGCCAUUUACGAAGCAAGACGGGGGCGACAUAG